AUGUCUAUUCCAUCUAAGAAGCAAAAAUGUAUUACAAGUGAUCUUGACAAUACUGCCCCUGUCAAGCAAAUAUUGGAUGAACUACCACAUAAAAACGGUGAAGCUUUUAAGUUCUAUGCCAAAAAUCUACUCCAGAAGCCCUUAUUACCAAAACAUUGGUUACGACCAAGUUAUCCAUUGAAUACUUUUGACGAAGAUUGGGAUGGGCAGCUGCUUCAUAACUAUUUUGAACCACUAGGUUUCAAGAGCUUACCACCUAAAAUAAUCAAUUCCAUACGAAAUGUAGAUAGAAAAGAUCCUGUGACAGAUUAUAUAUCGAAUAAGCUUGAAUGGAAAAAGCAGCUUUCAGAUUGUAAGAUUGCUUUUGCUAACAAUAAAUGUGAAGAAGAUGUUGAAAUCCUUAAUGAAGAUGUAAUUAGUUGUCCAAAGCUGGUUGUUACUACAGCCGAGCUAUUAAAAAAAGAUCCAGAACCAUAUUUUGAUGAUACCUACAACUGGUAUUAUGCAGGAUUUGGAAACUUACAACUCCUCAGCCUAGAAGGGAAGGAUUAUAUUUUGUACAGUGAAUUUAGCAAGUUAUAUUUAAAGGAGUUUGACAAGAAACAUAUUAAAGUAACUUCUGAUGCAUGUGCCUCGUUUGACUGCAGUCAAGAGCAUAAUAUCUUGGAAAUUGUUUAUACAAUUAUGCAAAUCCCUGUCAUAGCUUUAAGAACAAGAAACAAGUUAUUUAUUUUAAAAUUAUUAGCAGAUCGGACAUUUGAAAAAAUAUCGUCAUUAGACUCUGAUAUUCCAUAUGUUGGCAUUUCAUUUGAUGGUUAUCAUAAGAAAGUUCUUAAUGUUACUCGACUAGACGGAGUUCUCUUUUUAAUAAACAUAGAAACACUUUUAGCUAAGAAAAUAUUACUAAAAAGUCAUAAAAAUAAAAAGUUAAAUAAUUGGAAUGUUGUUCUUAGUGCAAAAAACAAUUAUUAUUUAAAUGUAACAAGAAACUCUGUAUGUGUCUAUGACAAAAGGACCAAUGACAUUGAACAUUAUUAUAAGUUAAUAAAAACGAUUGUGGAUGAGCCUCAUUGCAAUAAAAUAAGUGUGGCUAGGCAAUUUGAAGGGACUGACCACUUAUACUUUGGAACUAGCCACCAUUUGUUUGUGCUCGAUUUACGGUUUGUAAAAAAAUAUCAACUGGACGUGAUACAGCGAUGGACACAUGGAAUGGAAUUUCCGCCCAUCUAUAUGGACAAGUGUAAUAUUCAGAGUAAUAGAGACAUGCUUUGUUUAAGUAGUCAGUGGUGUGAAGAUAUUUGCGUUGUAGCUGAUUACAAAAAAAGUGAAUUCCUUACGCAAAGUAGUAAUGUAUCAAUGCCAUAUAGACCUCCAAGUAUCCUAUCAGUUUUGCAAGAGGCACGGGAACAAUUACUAUGCGAUGACUUUUACAACCCCUUGGAUUGCCGUCUUAAUAGUAGUAUAUGUGGCAACAAACUUUUGAAUCUAAAUGAUACUUGUGAUAUUCUUACAUUAAAUUCACUGGGAGAUAUUACACAUCACAUGUUAUAUCCUGAUCAUAUGCAAGGCAUUGUUGAAGAUGACAGCGUUCAAAGCUUAUAUGAAUGGUCUAAAUCCUACAAAAUUGAAACUAAACCAUUUCAUGUUACAACUAUAUUUAAUAUAGCCGAUGCAUGGAAAAAGUUGAGGAAAGUCUCACAUGAUGAAAUGUUAUCUCAAUAUGACUCAACUACAUCAAAAUUUGAUGAAAAUGAAAUAUGGCAAGUAUUUGAAAAUGAGGAAGUAGAUAUUGAAUUAAAAGAAGUUUGGAUGGAGGCUAAUAAUGCAACCGAAGAGACCUCAAUUGCUUCAGAUUUGUGA